ACAGAGCCAAGUGGACACGUCCUCAAGAGGAGGACAUGACAUUGAAGAAUUGGGGCAAGGAAAACACACCCCACCUCAUGACUCGCAAGGCUGGGCCAGGGGACAGCUGCUGCCUGCAAAAUGCACUCAUGCACUAAGGAUGUCCCGCCCCUCACGCACUGCUAUAAAAGCAAGUUCAGCGCCUCUCUCCUUCACACUCUUCUCUACACACCUUCUCCUCCGUGCUCAAGAAGGGACCCUCCACACCACACCCAUGGCCUGCUACGACCUUUGCGGCUCCUGUGGACCCGCCCCGCUGGCCAACAGCUGCAACGAGCCCUGCGUAAGGAAGUGCCAGGACUCCUCCGUUGUCAUCCAGCCUUCCACCGUGCAGGUCACCCUGCCAGGACCCAUCCUCACCUCCUUCCCCCAGAGCACUGUGGUCGGAUCCUCCGCCUCCGCUGCUGUGGGCAGUGAACUCAGCUACCAGGGAGUGCCCGUCUCCAAUGGGGCCUUCGGCUAUGGCUAUGGCUUGGGAGGCCUGGGCUGCUAUGGUGGCAGAAGAGGCUGCUACCCCUGCUAAGAGCCCUCACCACCACCCCUGACAACGACCACCCCUACCUUGGAAGUCCCACCAUGGAUUGAGGUUGCACCUCCUUGCACCUCAGACCGGCUCCCUUGCACUUCGCGCUCCUGCCUUCUCACUCUUUUCUUCGGCCCUUCAAUAAAGUUCUCCUGC